UGCGGCCGGCUCCUCCGCGCGUCUCGUGUGUUCACUGUCUACUCGCGUGAUCGCUAGCUUAGGCCGGGACGAGCCGGAGAGAACCGCGUUUUAGUCGUCGCGCUAAAAGUUAACCCGUCCAUCAUCGCGCGCGCGCCGAUUAACGUGCGAAUACACGUGGCGAUAAGGAAGAUCGUCGUGAACACCACACACUUUUCGAGCAGAGAAGCCUGCGAAGGGAGGGGCGAGGACACGACGACGAGGUACGCGCCGUUGCAGAGAGAGAGAGAGACCUCCCUGCCAAGUUCUACUCCCGUACAAGUGCAUUUCCCCGCUUGCGGCUAGAGGCUACGCGCGUAUAAACGUGGUGAUCGAAGCGGCGCGAGAUCGUCGUCUCCGUUGUGUGUCCGCGAAAACGUUUCUCCCGUCUUCCGACGAGAAUCCGACGAGUCUGUUCUUUUUUUUUUGACGUUUUUCUCGACCUCCGUCAAUUCCCCGGCGCUUUAUUUCGCACCCGCGCGAAGAUCCCUGCUUUUCGUCAAGAGUCAACUCUUUCAAGCCGUGUAGCAAUAGCGGCAGCUCUGGGUGCGCGUGUACUCGCACAGGUGCAUCGACAUCGAGUAACUAUCACAUCUAUCGACGAGAACAGAAUGAAUUACGAAAUGUCAAACGUUGAUCCUGCUAGGAGUCUACGGCGAAUUGCUCGACAUGAGGAGCCGGAGUUCAGUAACGCCAGCAUCCUGAACAGCAUGGAAAAGUUCGUGCGCACAGUGAACGAGAUGGAGGACACCAUCCUGGUGCCGAGUCGUCUAAUGGAUCUGGCCGUAGGCGACGCGAGCGACACAACUUGCAUGAAGGGCAGGCGCGGUCAUACUGUGAAGGAUACAAUGGCCAAUACUGAUCUUUACCGCCUGUACAACAUCAUCAAUCAGAUGAAGACCGAGCUACUGUGGUCGCAGGAGACGCGUGUCAUCGAGACAGACGAUCAAAUCAAAAAUCAUCCGAUCGGUAGUCCAGAUCUGAUACAUCACCAUCCGACUGGUGUCAGACUCGGUCACGUGCGUUGUCCGAGUACCACGUCGAUGCAGAGUGUGCAGAGCGCAUCUUCGAUCGUGUCUACGUCGGACUCGGACUCCGAGAUUGGCAUCGAGAUCGACAGCGGGCUAGAGGGCGAGGAAUGCACCGACCUGGCGACUGUUGCCGCUGAGAACUUCCGACGUCACCUGCGCGGUCUUCACCGUAGCAUCGCUCGCAUGACGGAAGCUGCUGAGUACUUGACACUGCGGUAUCAGGCUGACGUGGGUGGGCAGGUCUGAUUCGACGCUGUCGCUGCCGUCAUUAUCUCACCAUUGUCGCAGCCUGCGCGAUCGUCGUCGCGUUAAAUUCGUCUCGCGAAAAAUAAAAUUUGUGAAUAUAACUUUCGUGCCUUCUAGCUCCGUAAGAGAACGCUGAUUUUGAGAAAGCAGCAAAUCGCAAUCGGCGAACUACGUGAUAUCAGUGUUAUUUUAUCACGUAGCACGAUAGAUAGCGAGAAAAGUGUGCGCUGUUUUAUGUGCUUGAACAUAAAUGUAUGAAGAUAAUAAAUUUAUUUUUUACUUCAUAUAUUUAGCAAACACACAUAGUGCAACAUAGUGAAUCGUCAUUGGUUCAUGGGAAUCCUCUAUAAAUAACCAAAGAAGAUGUCUUGAAAAAUAUCUUAUAAAGAGAAGACUUAAGAAUAUAAAAUGAUAAUUAAAUGGGUAUGUAUAAUACAAACACUUUAA